AUGACAUCUACCCCGCCUACUUCCUCCGACGCCGCGUCGCGAAAAACCUUCACGAUAGGAACUCGCAGCUCGAAACUUGCUCUUUCGCAGACUGAUUUGAUUGCCUCGGCGCUCAAGAAGAGAUGGCCCGAUUAUACAUUCGAGAUCCAUUCGCGGGAGACAGCAGGUGAUCGGAACACAACGAUAGCUCUCCGGGAAUUCACCACCAAGAAUCUGUGGACUCAGGAAUUGGAAGAACUCCUGAUGGCCGGCGACGUUGAUCUGAUUGUCCACUCGCUGAAGGAUGUCCCCACCUUGCUACCUUCCUCGUGCACAUUGGGUCCUAUGACGGAGAGAGAAGAUUCCCGGGAUGUUCUCGUAAUGAAGAAGGGAUUGCCUCGAAUGAGCUUGUCUGAGAUGCCAGAAGGAUCUGUUGUGGGAACAUCGUCCAUCCGUCGCACCGCCCAACUCGCUCGCCGAUACCCUCAUCUCAAGAUCCAGGACGUGCGCGGAAACAUUGGUACGCGGCUCGCCAAACUGGAUGCAGAGGACAGCCCCUUCACUUGCAUCAUCCUGGCUGCCGCGGGUCUGUUGAGACUGGGUCUGGAUGAUCGCAUUACUCAAUACCUUGACUCUAAGAACGGUGGAAUGCUCUAUGCUGUUGGUCAGGGUGCUCUUGGUGUUGAGAUUCGGAAGGACGAUCAGCUCCUACACGAAAUGCUGCAAACCAUUGGCCAUAAGGAAACAACCUUGGCUUGCUUGGCAGAGCGCAGCCUAUUGCGGACGCUGGAAGGUGGCUGCAGUGCCCCUCUUGGAGUGGAAACCGAAUGGGUCAAGGAUUCUACUGGGGCAUCUAAGCUGAGAAUGAGGGCAGUUGUUGUCAGCGUCGAUGGUCGUGAAAGCGCCGAAAUCGAAGUGGAUGGAUCGAUCGAUACAAAUGAAGAGGCUGAAAACUUCGGCGUGACUGUUGCGAAGUCGCUGGUCGAGAAGGGCGCAGGAAAAAUCCUUGAAGAAAUUCAGCGCAAAAAACUGACCCCUUGA